CAGUAAAAAACCACAAAUCUCUCUCUCUCUUCUUCUUCUCUCUCUCCCGCGCGCCCAAGUCGCCUCCCUUCGCUACUCUUUCUCCGAUCGUCGUCUCCACCUCUCUUUUACUUUCGUCGUCCUCUGAAUCUUUCUCAUUCUCCAUUUACCAAGCUUUCGUUCCGCCGUCGGAGGAUAGAUUCCCUAUAAUCUAUCAGAUUCGCUGGACUGCUUCCGAUUUAAUUUGGUUUACCAUAUCCGUACAUCUCUCCGGUCCGAUCCGUGGAGGCUGAGAGAACGGUGUGAAUGAGUGUACUCUUUAUAAGUUGAUAGAAUGGAAGAAGAUGAUGAAAGAAAGCUCGCAGAAGAAGCUGAUGUUACUGAUAACCCUGAUAUAGCUAAUCCUUUGCAGAAUAGGAUUGAGGCAUUUGAUAUUGGGGAUUCUUCUGGUUUUGUUGCCAAGGAUGAUACGGCAUUGCAAGGGAUUAGUUCAUCUGAUAGAGUCUACAAGGAUGAUGAUUUUGAACAAGUGUCUCUGGGAGAUCAGGAAAAAGCUGUGAGUGAAUCACAGGGUGAACUUAAGGAGCCUGGAAGCACUUCAAAUUCUGAUCUUGGGAGGUCGUCUUUUGGUGGCACCGAAGGAGUUACUAGUCACUUGUCCGGGACUCAGGAGAUGUAUGAUUUGAUGCCCAUGGAUGAUGUGCAAAGUGACCGACUUUCUAGCCCUGGACCUGAGAGAGACGCACCUGAUCCUAUGCAGCAGUCCCUGUCUGAGACCAGUCUGGAUUCUUUUCACCAUCCAGAAUCUGGGUAUUCCCCAGUUCAUUCCCCGCAGAAACCCAAGCCAAAGGCUACAGUUCCAAAUGUUUCUCCAGAGCUACUGCAUCUAGUGGAUUCAGCCAUUAUGGGGAAACCUGAAAGCUUAGACAAACUAAAGAAUGUUGUCAGCGGUAUUGAGAGUUUUGGCGCUGGAGAAGAGUCAGAGGCCACUGCUUUCCUUGUUGUCGAUUCACUUAUUGCCACCAUGGGUGGAGUUGAGAGUUUUGAAGAGGAUGAAGAUAGCAACCCUCCUAGUGUCAUGUUGAAUUCCCGUGCUGCAAUUGUUUCGGGUGAGCUUAUUCCUUGGCUUCCUGGUUUAGGUGAUAGCGUUAAUUUUAUGUCCCCAAAGACUCGCAUGGUUAGGGGGUUGCUGGUUAUUUUACGGUCAUGCACGAGAAACAGAGCUAUGUGUUCCACGGCAGGUUUAUUGGGGGUUUUGUUGCGAUCAGUGGAAGAGAUAAUUUUCAAGGAUGUUGAUAUGAAAUGGAGUGCUGCUUCUGUUCUGUUACUAUGCAUCCAACAUUUAGCUGGACACUCCCUUAGUGUCGAUGAUUUACACAGGUGGCUUCAGGUUAUAAAAACAGCGAUUACAACAGCGUGGUCAAGUCCGUUGAUGCUUGCUUUGGAGAAGACAAUGAGUGGAAAGGAAUCAAGGGGACCUGCUUGUACUUUUGAAUUUGAUGGUGAAAGCUCUGGCUUACUUGGUCCCGGAGAAAGUCGUUGGCCCUUUACCAAUGGCUACGCAUUUGCAACAUGGAUCUAUAUUGAAUCAUUUGCUGACACAUUAAAUGCUGCAACUGCGGCAGCUGCAAUUGCUGCUGCCGCAGCAGCCAAGUCAGGGAAAACAUCCGCCAUGUCAGCUGCAGCGGCUGCGAGUGCCCUCGCUGGUGAGGGUACUGCUCAUAUGCCACGUUUGUUCAGCUUUUUGUCCGCUGAUAAUCAGGGAAUAGAAGCAUAUUUCCAUGCUCAAUUUCUGGUGGUUGAGAGUGGUAGCGGGAAAGGAAGAAAGUCUUCGCUGCAUUUUACUCAUGCAUUUAAGCCUCAAUGUUGGUAUUUUAUUGGUCUCGAGCAUAGCUGCAAGCAGGGGCUUCUGGGGAAAGCCGAGAGUGAAUUACGGCUUUAUAUUGAUGGAUCCUUGUACGAAAGUCGUCCUUUUGAUUUCCCUCGUAUAUCCAAGCCCCUCUCUUUCUGUUGCAUUGGCACAAAUCCUCCUCCUACUAUGGCUGGUCUACAACGUCGUCGUCGUCAAUGUCCUUUGUUUGCAGAGAUGGGACCAGUUUAUAUAUUUAAGGAACCAAUUGGUCCUGAGAGAAUGGCGCGCUUGGCUUCUAGAGGUGGGGAUGUUUUGCCUUGUUUUGGGAAUGGGGCAGGCCUUCCUUGGCUAGCUACAAAUGACUAUGUACGUAAUAGGGCAGAGGAAAAUAGUAAUUUGGAUGCAGAUAUUGGAGGAUAUACUCACCUGCUUUACCACCCUUGUCUGCUAAGUGGGCGGUUUUGCCCAGAUGCUUCACUUUCGGGAGCAGCAGGCACUCUAAGGCGACCAGCUGAGGUUCUUGGGCAAGUCCAUGUUGCAACGAGAAUAAAGCCAGUGGAGUCCUUCUGGGCCCUAGCUUAUGGAGGACCAAUGUCCCUGCUUCCUUUGACCGUAAGCAAUGUGCAGAAAGAUAGCUUGGAGCCAUGUCCUGGAAAUCUUCCAUUGUCUUUGUCCACAGUAACUCUUGCUGCUCCUGUAUUUAGAAUCCUAUCAGUUGCUAUUCAACAUCCUGGGAACAAUGAAGAGUUGUGUCGUAAUCAGGGACCCGAGAUUCUUGCUAGAAUUCUGAGUUAUCUUCUACACUCACUUGCAUCCCUCGACAGGAAGCAUGGCGGAGUAGAAGAAGAGGAACUGGUUGCUGCCAUUGUUUCUCUUUGCCAAUCUCAGAAGAUCAAUCAUGUUCUUAAAGUGCAGCUCUUUCGCACACUUCUAUUAGAUAUAAAGAUAUGGAGCCUAUGCAAUUAUGGACUCCAGAAGAAGCUAUUGUCAUCCCUUCAAGAUAUGGUUUUCACUGAAGCAACAGCCAUGAGGAAUGCCGAAGCUAUUCAGCUGCUUCUAGAUGGCUGUCGAAGAUGCUAUUGGAUGAUUUCUGAGAAGGAUUCGGAGACCACUUUUCCUCUUGACGGGAAUACGCGUCAAAUGGGGGAACUUAAUGCUCUGAUUGAUGAACUUCUGGUGAUUAUUGAACUUCUAAUGGGAGCAGCAUCUCCUUCUUUAGCUGCUGAUGACCUCCGUCAGUUACUUGGUUUCAUAAUUGACAGUCCACAGCCAAAUCAGGUUGCGAGGGUAUUACACCUUAUGUAUAGGUUAGUUGUACAGCCGAAUGCUGCAAGAGCUCAGAUGUUUGCAGAGGUAUUUAUAACAUCAGGUGGGAUAGAAACACUUCUUGUUCUGCUGCAGCGAGAAGCUAAAACUGGUGAGGAUAAUGUUUUAGCUAUGGGUAAGAGUAGAACAAGGUCAUCAACUGAUCAAAGUGAAAAGAGUCAGAACAACGGGUCUGGUUCUGUAAAGAAGUUGGAUUCCGGUGUUGACCCUUCUGGUCCUGAUGGAAAUUCUGUUGAGGAUGAUAAUGUAGGGUCUCCGAAUGAACCAGCAUCAGAUCCACAAGAAAAUGAGCAUGUAUUUUCAUCUGUCAUUUGUGAUAAUGACUCGAUUUCCAUUACCAAUUCCAUAGAUACUGAGAGAAUAUUGUCUGUUUCUGAAAUUGGUGGUAUAAGUCUUUCGAUUAGUGCUGAUAGUGCAAGAAAUAACGUGUACAAUGUUGACAAUAGUGAUGCUGUUGUCGUUGGGAUCAUUAGAUUGAUUGGUGCUCUAAUUUCUAGUGGGCACCUAACAUUUGAUUCGGUUGCCCGUUCUGAUUUGACAAGUAACAUCCUGGGUAGUGGACUCCAUGAAAAUGGAGGAACAAUGUUUGAUGAUAAAGUCGCAUUGCUCCUAUUUGCUUUGCUGAAAGCAUUUCAAUCUGCUCCAAACAGGCUGAUGACUGACAACGUCUAUACAACUUUGCUUGGAGCCUCGAUCAAUGCUUCAUCAACAGAAGAUGGCCUUAACUUUUAUGAUUCAGGUCAUCGCUUUGAACACUCCCAACUUUUGUUAGUCCUCCUGCGGUCUCUACCAUCUGCGUCCAUGGCUCUACAAAGCCGAGCACUUCAGGAUCUUCUUUUUUUGGCUUGUAGAGUACUGGUUACUGCAUGUGUUCUCUAUUCUGAGGUAUGGCAUGCUAUCAGCAGAGACAGAAGACCACUUCGUAAGCAGUAUAUAGAGGCUAUUUUACCACCAUUUGUUGCAGUCCUCCGGAGAUGGCGACCUCUUUUGGCUGGCAUUCAUGAACUUGCCACUGCUGAUGGUAUGAAUCCCCUUGUCGUUGAUGAUCGUGCCUUGGCUGCUGAUGCGCUUCCCGUUGAGGGUGCUCUUUCUAUGGUUACUCCGGAGUGGGCUGCUGCUUUUGCUUCACCGCCUGCUGCAAUGGCUCUAGCAAUGAUAGCUGCAGGGGCAGCUGGCUGGGAAGCCCCGCCACCUCCUACAGCUUCACAUUUUAGGCGAGACUCUUCUAUGCUUGAGCGUAAGACUGCCAAACUUCAGACCUUUUCAAGCUUCCAGAAACCACUGGAGCCUCCAAACAACAAUGCACCACCUCGACCAAGGGAUAAAGCUGCUGCAAAAGCGGCAGCUUUGGCAGCUGCACGAGAUCUUGAACGGAAUGCAAAGAUUGGUUCAGGAAGAGGUCUGAGUGCUGUUGCAAUGGCUACUUCUGCGCAGCGGAGGAAUAUCGGUGACAUGGAGCGUUUACAGAGAUGGAACACUUCCGAAGCUAUGGGAGUGGCAUGGAUGGAAUGUCUCCAACCAAUGGAUACAAAAUCAGUUUAUGGAAAAGAUUUCAAUGCUUUGUCGUACAAAUUUAUUGCUGUACUGGUGGCAAGUUUUGCUUUAGCACGUAACAUGCAAAGAUCAGAGAUUGAUAGGCGUAUGCAAGAUGAUAUCAUUGCGGCAACUCGCCUAUGCUUGGGAAGCCGUGGUUGGCGCAAAUUAAUUCGUUACUUGGCAGAAAUGAGAUGCUUUUUUGGGCCUUUUGGAAAUGAAAUAUGCAGUCCUGAACGCGUUUUUUGGAAACUUGAUUCUAUGGAAAGCUUUUCAAGGAUGAGACAGUGUAUAAGGAGGGAUUAUUCUGGGACUGAUCAUCUCGGGGCAGCAGCAAACUAUGACGAUCAGACAGACACAAAAAGUGAUAAUGGUAGCAAGGGUUCUGCAUCGAAUCCUCCUGUUCUUGCUGCUGAAGUUAUAUCAAUGGAAAUAGCGUAUGAAGAUGAUGAACAUGGAGAGGGUGAUCAUCUUGAUAUCAAAGGCCAUGCUGAAGAACAUAGAAGGGAAAAUGAAGAGAGAAUAUCUGGUUCACAUGAGCAUGCAUCCAGAAAUUCAGCAGGGACUAGUGAUCCUCGAACUUCAAAUGACCAUGAAAUGGUCCGAGAUUCUUCAGCAGUAGCACCUGGCUUUGUUCCCAGUGAAGUUGAUGAAAGGAUCCUUCUUGAGUUUCCCACAUCAAUGGUCCGGCCACUAAGGGUUGUGAAAGGAACCUUUCAAAUUACAACACGGAGGAUAAAUUUUAUUGUUGACAACAGAGAAAGCCAGAAUUUGACUGAUCACUCUUAUGGAUCCCAAUCACGUGACCAAGAAAAGGAUCGUAGUUGGCCAAUGUCUUCUCUUCAUCAGAUUUAUAGCCGGAGAUAUCUCCUGAGAAGGAGCGCCUUGGAACUCUUUAUGGUUGACCGUUCAAACUUCUUUUUUGAUUUUGGGAAUACUGAGGGAAGAAGAAAUGCAUAUCGAGCUAUCGUUCAAGCAAGGCCUCCUCACUUGAACAAUGUUUACCUAGCAACUCAGAGGCCUGAACAGCUUUUGAGAAGAACUCAGUUAAUGGAGCGAUGGGCUAGAUGGGAGAUUAGCAAUUUUGAAUACUUAAUGCAGUUUAACACGUUGGCUGGCCGUAGUUAUAAUGACAUUACUCAGUAUCCUGUUUUUCCGUGGAUUAUUUCUGACAACAGUUCAGAAAGUCUAGACCUUUCAAAUCCAUCUACCUUCAGAGAUCUUUCGAAGCCAAUUGGUGCAUUGAACCCAGAGCGUCUCAAAAAAUUUCAAGAGCGAUAUUCUAGCUUUGAAGAUCCAGUUAUUCCCAAAUUCCACUAUGGCUCACAUUACUCAAGUGCUGGAGCAGUGUUGUAUUAUCUGGCCAGAGUUGAACCGUUCACAACUCUGUCAAUUCAACUUCAAGGUGGAAAGUUUGAUCAUGCAGACCGCAUGUUUUCAGACAUUCCAGGCACUUGGAAUGGAGUUCUAGAAGACAUGAGUGAUGUGAAAGAAUUGGUUCCAGAGUUGUUUUACCUCCCUGAGGUGCUGACAAACGAAAAUUCGAUUGACUUUGGUACAACACAGUUGGGAGAAAAGCUUGAUGCUGUAAAACUUCCUCCUUGGGCCAAAAACCCAGUGGAUUUUGUACACAAGCAACGAAGGGCUCUUGAGAGCGAGCAUGUAUCUGCACAUUUACAUGAAUGGAUUGAUCUCAUAUUUGGAUAUAAACAACGUGGCAAAGAAGCUAUAUUGGCAAAUAACGUUUUCUUCUACAUUACUUAUGAGGGGACUGUUGAUAUUGACAAGAUCACGGACCCGGUACAACAACGUGCUACACAAGACCAGAUAGCUUAUUUUGGGCAAACACCAUCCCAGCUAUUGACUGUUCCUCACAUGAAGAGGAUGCCGUUGAAAGAUGUCCUACAUAUGCAGACUAUUUUUCGAAAUCCAAAAGAAAUAAAACCGUAUGCUGUCCAAGCUCCGGAACGCUGCAACUUACCAGCCUCAGCUAUUCAGGCAUCUUCAGAUAGUGUUGUGAUUGUGGACAUGAAUGUGCCAGCAGCUCGUGUUGCACAGCACAAGUGGCAACCAAACACCCCUGAUGGCCAAGGAACUCCUUUCCUCUUUCAUCAUGGGAAGGCAACAGCGACUUCAACUAGUGGAUCAUUGAUGCGCAUGUUCAAGGGUCCAGCUAGUUCUGGAACUGGUGACUGGCAAUUUCCUCAGGCACAGGCAUUUGCCGCAUCAGGAAUCAGAAGUUCCUCCGUUGUUGUUAUUACAAGCGACGGGGAAAUAAUCACAGGUGGACAUGCGGAUAACAGUAUCAAGCUGGUCUCAUCUGAUGGAGCAAAAACUCUGGAAACAGCUUUUGGGCACUGUGCCCCUGUUACAUGUCUGGCUCUGUCUCCAGACAACAACUUCCUUGUGACGGGUUCACGAGACAGUACUGUUUUGCUGUGGAGAAUUCACAAGGCCUUUACUUCUCGAACAAGCGUGUCUGAGCCAUCAACUGGCUCCGGUGCGCCCUCCUCCGCCAGCAACACGAAUCUGGCCAACUCAUUGGCAAACAAAGGCAAAAAGUGUCGUAUUGAAGGGCCGAUACAAGUGCUCCGUGGCCAUCGAAGAGAAAUAAUUUGUUGUUGUGUCAGCUCAGAUCAAGGAGUCGUUGUUUCGUCUUCUGAGUCCUCAGAUGUUCUAUUGCAUUCCAUUAGAAAAGGACGGCUGAUCAGACGAUUAGUUGGUGUGACCGCUGAUUCUCUCUGCAUUUCAUCUGAUGGGAUUAUAAUGGCAUGGAUGAGUUUGGAAGGUUCUAUUAGCGUGUUCACCAUUAACGGGGUUCUGAUCGCAAAAGCAAAACUUCCUUUCUCUUGUAGCAUAAGUUGCAUGGAAAUAUCUAUGGAUGGUCAAAAUGCGUUGAUUGGGAUGAACUCAUGUUCCAGCAUGGACUUGUCGAGCAGUAACGAUACAUCAAAAGAUGGCAACGAAAUUGAAAGACUGGAUGUUCCAUCUCCUUCAAUUUGCUUCCUCAACUUAUACACACUAAAGGUAUUCCAUGUGCUUAAGCUUGGUCAAGGCCAGGAUAUAAGCUCACUGACUCUGAACGUUGACAACACAAACCUAUUAGUAUCCACGGAAGAUAAACAGUUGAUAAUCUUCACUGAUCCAGCUUUAAGCUUAAAGGUGGUGGAUCAGAUGCUGAAGCUCGGGUGGGAAUGAAAGUAUAGAAUCAGACCUCAUUUAUACAAACGGCAAGAAAAAAAAUUGUCGGAAAAUCACAGGUUUGAAUACUCGGAAGUCCGAGGUGAAUAAACUCAAAUUGUGAACAUGUUUGUUCGUCUGUAACAUAUGUAAGUAUGGUUAGUCCCAGUAAAGUGAUUUCGUUUCAUCUGUCCCGUGUCAUUAUUUUGUUCUGAUUUCUUCGGUCAAUAGUUUUUUUUGGUGGAGAUAGUUUAUAGAGAGAUCAAAGGCUUGUUGAGAUUGGCGAGGUAUACACACCGAAGCUUCCUUUUUUUUUCUCUCCCCCCAUUGAGUUUGUUGGUUAUGUCUGUGAUAAAUGGCCUCUUUACUGAUGAUUUUAAUAUAUAUUCAUUUAUACAGAGCAAAUUUAUU